GAGAAUGAUAUGUAUGAAUAUGUGCCGCCAUUCCAGGCAGGGUCGUAUGUACACCUUUGGUCCGCAUACACAUACACACCAACACAUGUCAACUUCAUCCACAAACCACUCAACAAACAUAUCUAUCUACCCAUCCACGGAUCUCGUCAUCGUCAGCAUCAAAAUCUGGGGAUCAGGUUGGGCAGGGGGCUGGGCGGCGGCCUCCCGAGCACUGUCGAGUAGGUGUUCCUCAAACCCUUCAGCACCCUCUUGCCAAGCUGCACCUGCACCUCGUCCUCCUCGGUGUCGAGAAUCUACACACCACACACACGAGGGAUGGCUGUGGGUCUCGAGUUUGUGUCACUCAUUGCUUACGGUUGCCGUCUUGCCCUGGCCGAGUGCCGUGACGGCCAGGUUGGCGGCGGCGAGGCCACUCACGUAAGCGCGCUCUUGCGACAGACCCUGAGUAGGUGUCCAUGUGUGUGUGUGCAUCUCUCUGUGUGUGUGUGUACCUGUGCGCCGUGUUUGAGCCUGACCCAGUCGCCCGCAAGGAAGAGGUUGUUGAUGGAGGUCGUCUGUGUGGGCCUGUUGGCGUAGGUUCCUGGCGCAAACGCUGUCACUGCUUGGGGGAAGCGAAGGACAGCAGAGUCCACAACUUUCGCGGAAGACACCUCAGGCUUCACAGUGGACAGCAUGGAGAAGAUCUGGCAAAGCGAGCAACAAAGACACAGCAGGGGGAUUCAUUCACUCAAUCGCACACACAUUCACACACCUUUCCGACGAUCUGCUCAUCCGAAAGGGGCAGCAGCUCGGCGGCAUGGUAGAAGUCACACGCCACCACGGAGCCCUCGGCAUCCCGAUACUCGUCCUGCAAAUCGUUUAGGUGGAAGAACGUCCCGCCAACCGUCUCGUCAAAGCCUGCAUGAAAAGGAGGGGUCGUGACAAUCAUACGUACACCGAGGGCUGCUGUGCAUCCAUGUUGGUCACCUGAGAAGACAUUUGACGGAUAUUCGAAAUCGAUCUUUUUGUCCAGCCACACCCGCGUCGAGAUGACGUCGAGCGACUUCAGAUUCAUCACCUGCACAGACAGACGCGACGAAAACAUGGCAACCAUUACUUGCACCUUCUCUCUUGUCUGCGACCUACCUUUCUGAACUCUGGCCGCUUAAGCGACGGCGACUGAGUCACCAGCUGCAGCAAAGCACAGCAUAGAACAUCAGCUGACAGAGACGCCGUGUGUGAAAGCACAUACACACCUUUUUCAUGGCGUUUAUCCCCACAGCCAUGACGACGGCAUCCGUUUCGAACACCCUUUCCUCGCCACUGGCGGCAUCCUUCGCCAUCACACGACGAACCGCACCACUGAAGAAAACAAAAAGAGAGGCGAAGCGAGCAAAUCCGUUGAGAUCGACGGCUUUCUUGCACGUGGCUGACGUUUGUUCGUCGACGUCGAUGCUGGUGACGAACUGGCCGCCCUUGACAGUGCCCCCCGAGCUUUCAAUGCGGGACACCAAUGGCAUGAAGAUCCGCUCGCUGAGUGUGCCGCGGCACCACGCGACGUCAAAGUCAUAUUGGUGCCCCAACACAUAAAAGUAUAGCAUCCCCAGCGUCACUGAUGACCACACGUGGAUGCCGAGAAGGUCGUUCCAUGAAUCCUGUCCGUGCGCCCCUACCUGCUGCUGACAGCUCUUCAGGCGGCGCAAACAGGCCGACAAGGAGGAUGGGUCGCAGGAACUCCUCGUAUAACCUGCAGGCACACACAAAUACGGAGAGGGGUUCGAACACUACAUUUCCUAGACGCCACGAACAAUUCACCUGUCAGAGACGCCGAAUCGCCGGAAAAGCUCAUGGGCGCUGAGCUUGUCGUAUUCCCUGUAGGCGUCGUCGUCAAUAUCAUGCUCUAGGACAGCAGUCAGCAGUGGGAGCAUCGAGGCUCGGUCAGCCAAGGGGAGGUUCCGGAACCGAUAAUCGCCAAAUGACGUAUAGUACAUGAGUCCGAGCGGCGAGGGAAACCGCUGUCUGUUCUGCAUCACGGGGGCGACACAUUGCAGGCCAGAUGGGGACCAGAGGCCGCUCUGUAAAUAUUUCAAGGCACAUACGCACAAGGCACAUCAGAAGACCCGCUCUGCAUCCAUUCGGUUCGGUGUCUGCAGCCCACCUCAGUGCAUUCGGUGAGAGGCCAGGGUGUGAUCUUGAGGUCGUCAUGUAUCAGGGAGAAGAUAUUUGGAUACUGGUACCUGGCAGACAGUCACAUUUCCUUAUUUCCUUUUCUUCCUUUCUCUCUCUCUCCCUCUUGGUCCAUACCAGAAUCCUUUGAUGCCCGCUUCCACAGUCCGCCCCUCCUUGGUCCUCCAGCCACUCGACAGCCCCCCGGGAUUUGGACUCGCGUCUAACAAAGUCACAUCAUAUCCUUCUUCUGCCAGAUGCUUCGCAGCACCGAACCCUGCCCACCCGCCGCCAACCACGACAACUCGCUUCCUCUUAUCUGUCGGGCUUUCCAUCGGUGGCCUUGGCCCCUCUGUUUCCGGCACUUGCGUUGAUGCGUCAUCAGCAGCAGCUGAAAGCCGCCUCAGUGCAUGACGGGAUGUGCGCUGGAGGGAGGGAAGGGGAGCAAUGAAGGCAGCGGGCGCACGCUGGUCACAGGCGAGAAUGGAUUGGGUGACCUGAACGACGAGAGAGAUGAGAAUGGCUGGCAGGGCUGUCCAUCUGCAUUGCAGUUGGCACGAGAUCUGAC